AUGGUCAACAAGCUCUCCACUUCCCUCCUCGCUGCCUGCUUCGCCGCCGCCGUCCUCCUGGCGCUCGCCGCUCCUGCAGUGCUCGCCGGCGACCCGACAUGCUCCAGGACAUCUGCGUCGCCGACUACAAAUCCCUCCAGGGCCAAGCUCCCGGGGCUCAACACGCUGGGCGUGUCGGUGUCGCGCAUCGACUACGCGCCGUGGGGCGUGAACCCGCCGCACGUUCACCCGCGCGCCACCGAGGUCAUCUUCGUCCUCCAGGGCUCCCUCGACGUCGGCUUCGUCACCACCGCCAACCGCCUCUACGCGAGCACCGUCUGCGCCGGCGAGGUCUUCGUCUUCCCCCGGGGGCUCGUCCACUACCAGAGGAACAAUGGCGGCGGCCCCGCCGCGGUGCUCUCCGCCUUCGACAGCCAGCUGCCCGGCACGCAGCCCGUCGCCGAGGCCCUCUUCGGCGCGUCGCCGCCCGUGCCCACCGACGUGCUCGCCAGGAGCUUCCAGAUCGACGGAGGCCUCGUGGAGGCCAUCAAGUCCAAGUUCCCACCAAAGUAA